AGGGUGUUCAGUUGUCGCGGAUCUACGGGGGUGGAGUAAAAUUACCCACUCCCAAAAAAAAAAAAAUCAAAAAGUUUUCUUAUAAAAUAUAAAAAUGAAGAAAAAUAAAAAACAACUAGAUUUAUAUAUAGAAGUUGAUGUCCUGACAGCGGGGACAACGGCAGAAGUUGUGAAUGCAAUCUUGGAAUCAUUAUUGUAUCAAAGGAAUCAGAUACCAUUCGUUUAUAAAACCUAUCGAUAUUAUGUCAACAAAUGGUUAGAACAGGAACAGAAGCAAUCAAAACUCGACGACGAAAUCUGUGGAAUGCAAAGUUUUCAGGUGCAAAGAAAGAAGAAACAAGCUACUGCUACCAAGGAGGCUAUAAGCGCCAUGAGGGAGACUAUUAAAAACGCCUUUGAAAAGAAGCCUAUAAAAUCAAUAAGAUUUUUGUUUGGUUCCACCAUAUUUACCGCCAAGGAGUGUUAUACAUUACACAUACCUCAAGAAAAUAUUGCAAUUAAUCAUUUUCAUGAUCAUCAUAGCAUAUCACCGGGUAAAUUAAAUCAGACCUUAUUAUCUCUAUUAACAAGUGAAGAUCUGUAUGGCAUAUUCUCGCAUAAUUUAAAUCCUACUAACAUAUAUUUGGAAUUUGAAAUAUUGGAAGAUGAUAAUCCAGGCUUAAUAUCUAGUAAGGACGCAUUAAACAAAUCACCGAUAUUUCCCAAAGAUUUUUCUUCAUUACCGGCCAGCUGUAAGGACAUUCAUAUACAUUUAAUGCAUAAGCCAGUUGUCGCUAUCGAUUAUAAACAACUUAAAUGUUGUAAAGAUCUACAGGUCUUCGAAGAUCUAAUAAGUUUAAAUUUGGACGAUAACAGCGAACGACAGGAUAAUAUUAAUAAUAAAUUGACAAAAUCAUAUGCAAAUUCAAUACCGUCUUGGUGGGAAGCUGAAAUUGUUAUACGCGGUUUUAAGGAUCAACCUACUAAAGGGUUUAAUAUAUGGUCCUAAUUUUUUUAAUAUCCGCUAUGAAUUUUUUAAUUAGAUUACUUUUUUUAAUAAAUAGAUUAUGUAUUUUAAAAUAAAAAAGAA